CGACGACGACGACCAAUUUUUCCUGCGCUGUGCACAGUGCUCGGUGGUUGGCAAAGCGCAUCAUAAAGCAGCAAAUACUGUGCACAACCUCCACCCAACUAAUUAUAAAGCUGAAAGAAAAAAAUUUAAAUUGUGCGAAAUAGCUUAAACUAUUUAAAAAAAGUGUUAAAUAUGCAAAGCCAACAAAGAAGUCAAUUCAAGUGAGGUGAAAAUUGCAAGGCAGAUAUAAACAAAACAAGUGAACUGAAAUAAAAACAGAAAUCAGAGGGAACCUUAACGUCCCUAACCACACCCCAAUCCUUCACCAACCUAUUACCCUAAUUAAUAAAAAAAAAGUGGAAUUGAAAAAAGUCAACGCAAAAUGCGCAAAAUUAAAUUAAUGGCCGAACGAAUUCGCCGAAAUCUGAGAAAACGAUGAAACGUGGCUAUAAGAGAAAGCGAAAGGGGGUUUGGCCGAUACACAAGCUGCGCUAAAGUCGGCGAACCCAUGUAAAUCUGUAAUAUACACACUAUGUAUAUAUAGACUAAUAGUAACAGAAAAAGAAGAGGAAGCACAGGAAAAUAAUUAAAAAAACGAAGUUCAUGUCAAUAGAUAAAAGUUCCAAGACUAAAAUAUACCAAAAUUGCAUUGAAAGGCAGCUGUUAAAAAAUUAAUCUCUCCAACGCCUAAAAGUAUACAUAGAAAAAUAAGGCGUCAAUUAGUUCUACAAACCAAAGAAUCAACAACUCAGACGCAGCCCAAAAAAAUAACGCAACACAACUUAACCAAAAACUAGUGGGUAGUAAGGCAAAUGCGGAAGGGCAGAGCCAACUAAGGGCAGCUGUGUGCCGACCAAGCUACGAAGGCACUCUCGACAACAGAAUAUAAUAUGUAAUUAACAACAACGACGCAGCAGCCACACCAAAUCUAUAAAGUAGCAAAAACUACACAAAACAAAAAACCAACCAACUAAACCGUAAGGAUAAAAAUAAAACGUGUGCCAUAGCCAAACGGAACGAGAUGUAAAAUUAAGCAGUCAAGUAAAUUGUAUAUUGCCGAAAAUAAAUCAAGUCAAGCAUCAACGAGACUGAUUGACGAAACGAAAUGUAACGAAGUAACUGCUGCGCUUAGCAAACCAAAAACAAGACACAAAAAACCUAAAGCAAACUCGAAAAUUUCCCUUGACGCCCACGCAUUUUCCUUAAAAGAGACGCACGGCAGCUACGACGCGCAGUCAAGCGAGAAAGCUAAAGAAGAAGCAGAAGAAAGCGCAAAAACAAGAAGACUACGCAAAAUUCACGCAACCCCCAAGCAGCAACAAUAGCAGGAGUCAAAAGAGGAGUCAGCAGCCCUCGCUCACACAAACACGCACACAUAAAUACAUAUAUAUAUAUAUGAAUAUAGACCUACACUUACCUACACAUAAGUACGACAAAUACACUCACGCGUGUGGUGGGCAGAGGGAGAGCGAUCGGCUGCAGCAGUUUACGAAGCAUUUUGGAGCAGCAGUGACAACUAACCUUCUCAACAAAAACAGCAGUAACAACAACACAAGCAGUCAAACUGAGCAUUUGAAACUUCCGCUAAGCCCAAUAUCAGCUACACACGCAUACAAGCGUAGAUUUCAGUGAACAAAGGUGGACGCGUGCAGCAUACACACACGCACGCUUUUAUUCCUCUGCAAUUCGCACGCGUACACGCACGAAGGCACGCACGCACAAUACAACAUCAUUCGGAUCAUGUAUAUAACAUUUGUGUUGUUGCUGCAUGUGCAUUUGGCUCUAGGUGGGAAUGACGAUACGACCUCGGCGUGGCCAAGCAUAUCUGGCGUACACAGUGAAGUUAAACAUGGUUCGGCACGGCAACUGUUGGGCUCCAGUUUUAUGCGCGAUAGCAUCACGCUCCAACAGCAACACCAACAGCAUCUCUUCCGCUCUGGCGCUGGUGGUAGCGGUGGUGGCGGCGGGGGAGGGGGCUCACGCAGAAAAAAUCAGAAGCAGAAGGAUUCACACGACCAACAUCACGUAAACGCUAACGGCGAGGACAGCUUCCAUCCCUCAGACUUCCCUCCACAUGAACAUCCCGAUGACGAGUACUUCGGCCAAUACGCGCCUGAACUCUAUACCACUGAAUCCCAACAGUCGCCUCAUGAAACUAAUCCUACUUCCCAAAAUAAUGCUGGUGGUAGCUAUUACGGUGAAUCAACAAGACACCGUGAUAUUGGUGCACGUAGCGGCAGCAGUCGCACAGAUCUCUAUGGAGUACGAGAGUCUGGUGAUCGCCGCGAAAUAACACGUGGACGUGAGGGUUAUAUGAAUAUGCUGCAUCACAAAGAAAAAGUAUUUCGACCGCAUGUUUCGCUCGUGCACGAUGAGACUCGGCUAUUGAGUCCCAAUGAUGGUUACGCGCAUACCUGCCAGAAUAUGUGCGGUGAGAUGCAAUGGCAAUGUCCCACAACAUGUACCUGUAUUGACCAAAGGGCACGCUGCGACAAGAAAACGGAUUGCGAAGAUGGCGCCGAUGAAUUCGAUUGUGAGGUGAUCGGCGAUAUGCUGCAUAAAUUGCAAAAAGAUUGCGAGCAGACGGGCAUGCAUGUGAUGUGUCCACGCACAUAUCGCUGCAUCAACAAGGAAUGGCUGUGCGAUGGCGACGAUGACUGCGGUGACUACUCAGACGAGACACACUGUGGUGCGCGCACGAAUUGUACGGAUGAUGAUCAGUUUGAAUGUCAGAAUGGGUUUUGUAUACCCAAGCAAUGGGUGUGCGAUGGCGAAAAUGACUGCAAGGACUUCUCCGAUGAAGCGCAUUGUAAUCGAACAAGUUGCUCUCCUGAACACUUUACCUGCAAUGACGGCUAUUGCAUUUCGAUCGCCUUCCGCUGCGAUGGUGAACGCGACUGCAAUGACAACUCGGAUGAGCAAAAAUGUCCCUCAGUUUUCAACCGCUGCCCGGAAGGUGAAUUCAAGUGUCGUGGUGGUCAUGGAGGUCCAAGCGGGCAAUGCAUUCUGAAUCGCUUCCAUUGUGAUGGUGACAACGACUGCGGUGAUUGGAGUGACGAAGAGGAUUGUCCACAAAAGCCGUCCGAUUGCACCUCCAACGAAUACAAAUGCACGGAUGGCAGUUGCAUACCACGGCGUUGGAAAUGUGAUAAGGAACAGGAUUGUGAAGGUGGAGAGGAUGAACACGACUGCGGUAGUAUGAUCGCCGGGCUGCCAGCAAAGUGUGGACCGGACGAGUUCACGUGCAACAAUGGACGUUGUAUACUGAAUACCUGGCUUUGUGAUGGCUAUCCGGAUUGUUCCUCUGCUGAGGAUGAAGUAGAAUGCCAUCUGCAGUGUGAUGCCGGCCAAUUCUUGUGUCCUGCCAAGAAGAAUAUAACGAACUUGAAAAUAUGUGUACACCAAAAGCACGUUUGCGAUGGGCAGAAUGAUUGUCCUUUAGGCGAGGAUGAAGUGAACUGCCCACAUCCGCGUACCUGCGGUGAAAACUCACCUUGUGAGCAAUUAUGUAUUACCACCGCCAAAGGACGUGAGGAAUGUGCUUGUAAUCUUGGAUUUCUUAUGCACGAAAACCGCAAGAAUUGCACUGACAUCGAUGAAUGCCAAUACAUCACCAGCCCGGUUUGCUCACAAAAGUGCCAAAACACACACGGCUCCUUUAUUUGCUCAUGCGAAACGGGCUACGUAUUGCGCCCAGAUUUACGGACUUGUAAGGCGCUCGGUGGCGCCAUGACGCUUGUUGUGGCCAAUCGUUGGGACAUCAGACGUGUGCAGCUGAGUAAUAACCGCUACUCGGCCGUGGUAAAAGGACUGCACAACGCUAUAGCGAUCGAUUUCCAUUAUCGCAAAGGAUUACUCUUCUGGUCGGACGUAUCUACGGAUGUAAUUAAGAUGGUCUACAUGAAUGGUUCGCGAUUGCGCGAUGUCAUUAAAUGGGGUUUGGAAUCGCCUGGCGGAUUGGCAGUCGAUUGGAUACACGAUCUGCUCUUUUGGACUGACUCGGGUACGCGCCGUGUAGAGGUUUCCAAUUUUAUGGGAAAUCUGCGCGCAGUUAUUGCAUCAAAUGAUCUGGAUAAGCCACGUGCCAUUGUUAUACACCCUGACGAUGCAUUGGUAUUCUGGAGUGACUGGGGUCCAAAUCCAAAAAUUGAGCGCGCUUACAUGGAUGGUUCGCAGCGGCAAGUCAUUAUUUCGAAUGGCGUAACGUGGCCUAAUGGCCUCACUAUCGAUUACCCCAGUCGCAAACUAUAUUGGGCUGAUGCGAAACAACAUGCCAUUGAAUCCUCGAACUUUGACGGGACGGAGCGCGUAAAAAUACUCAGUACUCAUUUGCCGCACCCUUUUGCGCUGACAAUUUUCGAGGACACCAUGUACUGGACCGAUUGGAAUACAAAAACUGUAUCGGCAGCGAAUAAAAUCACUGGAAAGGGGUUCCGUUCGGUGCAUGAGAACUUCCACUUUCCUAUGGACAUACACGCUUACCACCCAGCACGACAGCCAGAAUAUAGGGACCGUUGCCAAAAGGAUAGACGAGGGCUGAGAGGGGGCUGCUCUCAUUUGUGCCUGCCAAAUAAGCUUUCGCGGCGUUGUGGCUGUCCCAUCGGCCUAUCGCUCAAGGAAGAUGGUAAAACCUGCAAAAGUAUUCCUGACAAAUUGGUGCUCGUGGCACGAAGGAAGGACAUUCGCUUACGUCAAAUGAAUACCAAGUCAUCAGCUACAGCCGAAGUAGAUAUGAUCUUACCAUUAGAUUAUAUGAAACAUGCUGUGGCACUGGAUUGGUGCAGUGAAACCGACUUCAUCUACUGGACCGAUGUGGAACGUAGUACGAUCAAUAAGGCUCAUCUUAAUGGUAGCUAUCAACAGCGUGUCGUGCAUUCCAAUCUUGUCUCACCGGCGGGCUUGGCCCUAGACUGGAUUACUGACAAACUGUAUUGGACUGAUCCAGCGACUAAUCGCAUUGAAGUGGCUACCACAAAUGGUAAAAAACGUACACUACUCAUAUGGGAGAAACUCGACAAGCCGCGUGACAUUGUCGUGAAUCCGAUAGAGGGUCUAAUGUUUUGGUCGGAUUGGGGUGAGCACGCCAUGAUAGAGCGUGCCGACAUGGACGGCAACGAACGAAUAAUCAUCGCCGAUACAAAUCUGAAGUGGCCAAAUGGGCUGGCUAUAGAUUAUGAUCAGCAAAAAUUGUACUUUGUGGAUGGCGGUACAAAGACAUUGGAAAGCAUGGACUUUGAUGGUGGCAGGCGUAAAGUCAUACUAGGCAAUCUCGGUCAUCCAUUUGGUUUAGACAUCAGCGAAAAUCGUGUAUUCUGGACAGAUUGGGAUAAUAAAUCUGCAUUUAGCGCUGACAAACUCACCGGCCAGAAUAUUACAACAAUUAUUGCUAAUACCAGCGAUUUAAUGGAUAUACGCGUAUUUCAUCGCUCCCGCAGGAGGGUUCAGAAUGCGUGCGGCUCCAACAAUGGCGAUUGUUCACAUCUCUGCCUGUUAAAUCCAACCAGUUUCACCUGCGCAUGCCCUGUAGGUGUACAAUUGAGGAGCGACCUGCGUACGUGCGCCGAGGGGCCAAGCAGAUUUAUUAUCUUUGCUCACCGCAUUGACAUACGGCAAAUCUCAUUGGACUUUGCGCAUUUCAUCGACGUUGUACUUCCGAUGCCGCCCAUUGGCAAUGCGGUCGCUUUGGAUGUGGACCCAACAACUGGCAUUAUCUAUUGGUCCGACUCUAAGCAACAUGUGAUUAUGAGUUCGACACCAGAUGGCCUGGAUGUACAUAAAAUUAUAGGCGAGAGUUUGGAUAAUCCUGAUGGCUUAAUUGUGGACUCCGUUGGCAAAACGAUUUAUUGGGCUGAUGCAGGCCGCCACACCAUCGAGGUCGCCAGUUUGGAUGGUAAAAAUCGGCACUUGAUCGCCUACAAGGAUUUGGAAUCACCCCGUGGCCUAGCGUUGGACUACGAAGCGGGUCUGCUGUUUUGGACCGAUUGGGGACAUUAUCGGAAAAUUGAGCGUGCGCAUAUGGAUGGUGACAGUCGCCAGCGAAUUGUCACUUCAAAUCUCGGCUGGCCAAAUGGUUUAUCCUUGGAUUUGAAGACGAAACGUAUUUACUGGGUCGAUGCACAGUUGAAGACUAUCGAUUCAUGUGAUUACACUGGAAAUCAGCGUAAAUUGAUAAUGUCCUCACUGCAUCAUCCUUAUGCGCUGGCCAUGACUGAUGAUCAUAUCUAUUGGACCGAUUGGAAAUCAAAAGCUUUGCAUAUGACCGAUCGACGGAAUAUUACAGCCAAAAAGGAAAUAAUGACCAAUAUUGAUGGGUUGAUGGAUAUUAAAGUGAUAACGGUCAACAAAACUCAACCAGAGAACAUCUGCGGCACUAACAAUGGCGGCUGUUCGCAUCUUUGUCUACGCAACCCAACCGGCUAUUCUUGCAGAUGUCCAAUUGGGCUCAAAUUGAAGGAGGGCAGCACUAGUGAAUGUCAGACGCUACCAGAUGAGUACCUGCUAAUCGCUCAACGCUCUGGCAUUGGUAUGAUUUCACUCAAUAUGCCCGAUUACAUGGACGUCGUAUUGCCAAUCAGUGCUGUACAUGGCGCCGUUGUACUCGACUAUCAUUUCCGUAAAAAAUGGCUUUUCUUCGCGGACGUAAAUACAGAUAUUAUUAGGCGUAUAAAUCUCACCAAUAUGUCUGAUAGCAAAGUAAUUGUAAGUAAAGAUUUAUUAACACCGAAUGGCAUUGCGGUUGACUGGAUAGCGGACAACAUCUACUGGUCCGAUACGGAUCGAAAGAUCAUUGAAGUGGCGCGUUUGAAUGGCACCUCACGCAAAGAACUCAUCACAGACGACUUGGGAGAUCCUCGUUCGCUUAUCGUGCAUCCACGCAAGGGGUACCUCUUCUGGUCCGACUGGGAUGCACCGGCACGCAUUGAACGCAGUUUAUUGGAUGGCUCAAAUCGUACACUAAUUGUGACGGAAAAUUUGGGUUUCCCCACUGGUCUAACACUGGACUUUGACAACCGUCGGUUGUUUUGGGCUGAUGCGCUUGAAGACAAUAUUGCCUCAGUCGAUUAUAACGGCAAGCGCCGCACAAAAAUUGUUGACUAUGCACCGCAUCCUUUUGGUCUUACAAUGUUUGAUAACAGCAUUUACUGGACCGACUGGUACAACAAAUCUGUCUAUCGUUCGUUCCGUAAAGGCCGUGGUUACAGCAGUCCAGUAGAAAUACGCGAUGCUCUCAAUGGCGCGCUCGACAUACGCGCUGUUUCGAUUAAACGUCAGCCAGAGGAAUGGAAUCAGUGUGCCCAGGAUAAUGGCGGUUGCACACAUCUUUGCCUCUUCCGCGGCUCGGACUAUGUGUGCGCUUGUCCCGAUGAACCAGACAACCGUGAAUGCAAGCCGACACCUAAAUUUGUAGUGCCGCGUCGCAGUGGUGGCGAUAACACAAUAGAUUAUGCAGAGGAGGCGACGGAUGGCGAGAGCGCCUCAACCGAGCAUGACGAAGAUGCAUAUGAAGCAAGGUCCAAGUCAAAUGACCGUGAGACCUUGAUACUCAUCGCUAGCGGUGUAGUCAUCGUGAUGCUUAUACUGAUCAUCACUGCUAUACUAUUGCUAAUGUUCAAUUCAAAACGUAAUAAAACGAAAAGACACUCGCGUGGCUCUAGUCGCUCGGUGCUGACAUUCUCCAACCCCAAUUACAAUGUGGAUGGCACACCAAUGGAACCGAAAACGAAUAUUUGGAAGCGUUUUAAAUAUGAUAAAUCGCAUGAACGUGUCUACGAAGAGCGCAGCAUGACCACUGAGACUGCCUCGUCGAGCCUUUUCGUGCCGACGCCAUCGCCAAUGGCCUCGCCUUCAACCAAACUAACGACACUCUCCACAAUAACGUAAACCAAGGCACCGAGGGACCUACUAAAAGGUAGACAAACAUAUUGUAAAAACCAACAAACCUAAAAUAAAAGCGAAACGCUAAGAACUGCGCGAAUAAUUUACUAAAAGUACAGGCAGCAGUUUUUCCCUAGAAACCACACUGGGAGAAACAAUUCUAAAUAUAUACGUACAUAUAUAAUAUGUAACGGAAGUGUGAAUUAAAGGAAUAGUUAUUAGUGUACCGGAUUUAGAGAAAUUACUUCAAAUUUUAAUAACUGUUUAAUGUCAACUACACACAUAAAUAUUUUAUUUUUCAUUUUCAAAACUAUAAUGUAUGUAUGUAUAAUUAAUAAAUUAUGCGUGUGUAAAUAUACUGAUAAAAUGGUGAAAUAGUGAAAUGAAUGGAGAAAAACGUGUUAGCUGAUGAGCAAGCAUUGGGAGAGCGGAAAUGUAUAAGAAAUGUAAAUGAAAUGAAAAUGCACGGUUGUUUCUAAAACAAAUACAUAGAAAGAAACUACAUAUUUACAUGUGUGUGUAAUUGUAUGUAUGAAUGUUUAUUAUACAGUUAUCGCUUAAGUUUGUUUUAGUGUUAUUGAAAAGGAAAAACAAAACCGAAAACAAAAGCAAAAGCAAAAACCAAACACAUGUAAACUAAUUUAUUAACAGCUAAGAGAACAAGAUGAUAAAUUAUGCCGUCAACUGUAUCAACUCUCCACUACUUGUACAUCUCCACUACACUCUGUACAAAAUAUUUAGUAUCAAAAAACAAAAUACGUAACUUUUAAUUAAAUUUUGCAUUUUUUGGUGCAACUGAUUUUUUUUCCUUUCGGUAUUGUAAAACGCGCGUAUUGCUACAGAUUAUGUAGUUGAAAAAACUGGACUGACUGAAUGGAAAAAUUUUGAAAAUAUUAGAAAAAUGCCUUGUACACAUUCAUUUAUGUACAUAUGUAUGUACAUACAUACAUGCAUGCAUACAUAAGUGCGCGUAAGCAAACCGAAUAAGAAUUCAAACGGCUUUUGCAAAGCAUUUAAAAGCACGAAGAAGAGGCGAGAGAGAUAGGCAGAGAGAGAGUUCUGAAAGCCGUGAAAGUGAAAUAGCAGUAAAAAAUAAACAUAAAACUUUUAAAUAAAAACCAACCAGAAAUUUUCCUAUUUGCAACACUGAACAAAACUAAAAAUCAGCGACAAACUACAAAAUGAAAGUACUGAACAAAUACAAAACGAUAUAAGGAGCAAAUUUAAGUAUGUAUUGUAGGUGAAACAGUUUGAAAAUUGCGGUUAGUUAAGGGGACUGCGGAAAAAGUCGGCAUUUAAUGAGACAUUUUGAAAUUUGUAAAUAGUAAAUAAUCGCAUAGUGUCUCAAACAACAAAUGCAUACAUUCUAAUACAUUACAAAAACAACAAAAAUGUAAUUAUGUGUAUGUAGUGCAAAAACUUGGUACGCUUAGAAGGCGUAUAACGACAAAACCGAAGUAAGAAAUUUAUUUAACACAAAAACAAAACAAAAACAAAGCAUGGAAAUGCGUCUAAAACUCCACAUUUGUAAGAAAAAUAAAUCAACUAAAAUUAUAAAUAUUUAUGUAAGUAUGUAAAUGAGGUAAAGUUACACUUUGUGCGUCAGAGGUGUCGAGUAAAACUGUGAAUUUGUGCCAAAAUAAUUGAAAUGAAGAAAACCUAAAACGUAAAUAUAAAAGUAAAUAUGUAAAAAUAGUCUUAAUUAAGUAAUUAAUAAAUUUUAAGCGUAGAGCGUCUAACGCCAAUUUGCUGCGUCUCAACACACUGUGCGCCCAGCAAAAGUGGCAUUGCAUGCUUUUCGGAAUUACUUUCUUCUUUCUAGUUUUCAUGCAAUUUUUGUUACACGAAGAAGAAGAAGAA